ACAACUCCCAUGCAUCUUCCUCUCGGCAGCCACCGCCGUGUUGCGAUGUUGAUGUUUUGGCUCAGAUGAAGAGGCGUGACGUUUUAAUGGUAGAUUUGCACAGAGGACGUUUGCUUUCUUCUUUUCUCCCGCUGCAGUUUACCUCAAAAACAGUUAUUUCUGUCCUGUAGCUGUUUGAGAGAUGUCCGACAGCUCCAGUGACACGGAGUCGUCCUGCGGAUGGACAGUCAUUAGUAAUGAGGGUUCGGAUAUUGAGACGCUGGGGCCGGAUAACGCCGGAGAGUGUGAGGAUGGAGCGGUUAGCUGUGCUCCAGAUGUACCUGAUGCCAAGAGGGGUGAGGAGAGUUUGGGAGAGUCUUUAGUAGAUUUCACACUGAGAGAUGAGGUGGCGGCGGAGGCGGAACCGGCCCGAGAGGCGCGUGGAGAAGAACAUGUGAUUCUUUGCUCCUCCAGUGAGAACUCUGACAUCGUCACGCUGGCGGACUCUCGGGAGGCGGAGACUGACUCGUGGGAGGAGCCUGUUGCUAAGGAGACGGAGGAAGCAGGAAGUGAGGAGCUCUAUCUUGGAAGCUCGUCAAGCAGCCAGUACACGUUUAGAGAGUUGGAGACGACAGACUGGUGUUGGAGCGGAUGGGGAUUUUCCAGGACGCUGUGGGAAUACGGCAGCCAUCUGCACAGCUCUCUCUCUCUCUCAGUUUUCCCGGCGGAUCAGCCUGUGCAGCGAGACAGCAGUAACAGCAGCAGUGAGGAUGAGGAGGGUGAGGUGAAGGCCAGUCCUGUGGUGAGGAGGCGCAGAGUGAGGAAGAGCACCGCCGGCUCAGAGCCUGGAGACCCCCAGGAGCCCCACAGGAGACAGGAGGAGGUGGUCGAGGAGAUAGGAGCUCAUCUGGAGGGCCGCGCUGCUCGGCAGGAUCAGGGUCCCGUCAGCGGCACCCUGAACAAAUGCAUUUUACUAGCGCUGCUCAUCGCCAUCAGCAUGGGCUUCGGACACUUCUACGGCACAGUCCAGAUUCAGGAGAGGCAGAAGAUCGUGGAAAAGAGUCGCAUGAAUGAGCUGGAAGCGCCGUGUAAGAGAGAGCUGGACGUUGUAAGUAAGGAAGUGGUUGAGAAUCUCAAGGAAGACUUGGAGGAAAAGCAAGACAUGGUGAUGUCCCUCAUGAACGUCAUGGAUAAGAUAACUAAAGAAAACCAGCAUCUCAGAGUCAAACAGGAAGAGUUACAGGCCCAAAGACAAGAUUUAUACGUGCAACUGACGCAAACCAAAAGCCAAAUGACGUCUCAGCAGAACGACCUGACCACGGAGAACCAGCACCUUAAAGUCACUCUGGAGCGAGGAGAGGCGUCUCUGUCGGCCCUUCAGGAGGAGCUGCGGCAUCUACGGGGACAGAUACGAGAGCUGGAGGAGCGAAGAGCCGGGGCCGACUCCAUCGUGUCCGAGAACCAGCGACUGAAGGGCCACUUACAGGAGGAGAAACAGAAAGUGCGCAGCUUCAUGAGCCAAAGAGAAGCGCUGAUGGUCGAAGCCCAGGAGCUGCGGAAGGAGCUCGAUAAAGAGCGCAAGGUGACCGACAAGCUUAAGGAGGAGCUGGAGGAAAUGAGAAAAGAAGACGACGUCGAAGGCAAGACGGAUCCUGAAACCGAAGAACUGCAGACACGACUUCAGGAGCUCGAGAAUAAGCUGAAGUUUGAGCAGCAGCGCUCCGAUCUUUGGGAGAGACUGUAUGUGGAAUCGAAGGAGGAGAGAGCGAAGGGCGACCGGGACGUGAAGACCAAGAUUCCCAAAGACGGGAUGCUGGGAAAAGUGAAGGAAACCUUCGACGCAGUGAAGAACUCCACUAAGGAGUUUGUGCACCAUCACAAGGAGCAGAUCAAGAAAGCCAAGGAGGCGGUGAAGGAAAACCUCCGGAAGUUUUCCGACUCUGUUAAAUCGACAUUCAGGCAUUUUAAAAACUCUGCUACGAAUGUCUUCCAUCAUCAAAAGAGGUUUCACGACGCCAAACCCGAGCAUCGCUCGUUCCAGCAGGAGCAAGGAAACAAACGCGCCGAAGACUGGCAGCCGCAGAGACCUUUACACCGACAUCCUCGCAAAUCCACCCUCGACUCCUUUCACGCCGAUCGCAACACGCGCAAACCCGGCGCUCAGAGGCAGAAAACGCCACCCAAAGGCUGCUCUGGAGUGUUCGACUGCGCCUAUCAGGAGUCCAUGAGUCUGUUCAACAAGGCCAUGGAUCCCAUCCGCGCAGACGAGUUUAACGAGCUCCUGCGCAGCUAUUUGCAGAAAGAAGUGGGGCAUUUCCACCACUGGAGGGAGCUGGAGAGCUUCAUCGAAAAAUUCUUCCAUAACGGCGUCUUCAUUCACGACCAGAUGCUGUUUACGGACUUCGUCAGCGGCGUUGAGGAUUACCUCGAGGAAAUGGACGAAUAUCACAGCCUCAGCGACGACGUGUUUGAGGAUCUGGACGACUACAUAUACCGCCACAUAUUUGGAGAUACAUAUUUAAAAUACUUUGGGCCGAGUCGACCCUUCGAAGGGCCGGGGUCGAAGGGCAAGGCGUGGCGUCACUGCCAGCGGCAGCAGAGGAAGCAGCAGCAGCCUCGUCCUCGCCCUCAGAGAGCCAAGAAAUGGAGCCAAUCGGGACGCGACCCCAACCGACAGUUCGCAGACGUCAAAAUAGAGCUGGGUCCCAUGCCCUUCGAUCCCAAAUAUUAGAAGAAACAUUUCAGUGCUUCUCAAGAUUGCUCCCGUUUUGUUUGUUUUGCACUCGUUUUGUCUUGGAGAAGGUUCAAGAAGGCUUUGGGUUCACUUUUUCUGUAAAUUUUUUUUUUUUGCACAGUGUAAAUGUUCGAAUGCUGGUUGAAUGAUUUCUAGCGUGUUUCUCUUUUCUGCACUUUUAAGCAGCUUAGAAUUAAUAUUAGGUAUUUUUGAGGCACAUUUGUUCCCAUUCCCUGAAGUUAUGGAAAAAGUAUUGUAAAUUAUUAUAACAAAUGUGCAAAUUAUUUUGGAUUACUAACUAAAAAGGCACUUUGUUUUGUUGCGUUUUAAUUCAUUAUGAAUGUUUUCUAAACAAAAAAACACUAGAUCAGAACAGAAAUGUAUGUUUAAUUUUGCUUAGGACCAAAAAAAACAAUAAAAUAUAUUAUAUUGAAAUUAUUUUCAUCUCAAAAGUUCAGUAGGAUAAUGAGCUCUUAAUUAUAAAGUUCACUUUGAGGUAAUCUGGUUUCUGCCGUAUGUCACCGGUUUUAUUUGAACAUGCAAAUCAGUAGAAGCUAUUAUUUAAGAUUUAGUUUCAAUCUGCACUUGUUAGCACACUAUUUUCCCCUCUUUUUCUUGUCUGUGUGGUUAUCGGCUAAAUUACAUUCCUUGUUUGGAAAUGGCUGUAAUGUAAUUGAACACAAAUGCACUUAAACUGCUUAAUGUUGCACUUAAAACUUUAGAAUAAAAGUCUUUCACUGCUUCCUU